AAUACUCCCGAAUGACGUCAUGACACGUAACGUGAUGACGUAUGUCGAGUGCGUGUGACUCUCCGGCAGCCUGAAGUGCGCGGCAAAAGAAUUGGGACGCAAACAAAAACAUGUGGCUGCCACACUGAGGAACCGGCUACAUUCUUCUUUCCACACUGGCGGUUAGUAGGAUACCGGAGCGAGUUAUUCGCAGGUGAUGCUUAGAGGACACAAUGGGUAUGCACACGUCCCAGAAGAAGCACUUUCCUCUACGGGGGAUCGACGGCGUCGUUCAGCUGUUUGACGCCGAGCUCUGCAAGUCUGAGCCAGACCUGGCCCUCCUCUCGUUGGUCCUGGGCUUUGUUGAACACUUCCUGGCUGUGAACCGCGUGAUCCCCAUCAAUGUGCCCGGCGUGCGCUUUGAGCCGCUGGAGCCAGACUGUCCCAACUCGUGCUUCCCCACCGUGGAGCUGGGCAUGAUCUCGGCGCUAUACGAGCGCUUCACGGCGCAGAUCCGCGGGGCGGUCGACCUCUCCCAGUACAGAAGGACAUCUGCAGGUUCCAGCCGAGAGCUGGUGAAGAAAGUGUCAGACGUCAUCUGGAACAGUCUCAGUCGCUCGUACUUUAAAGAUCGGGCUCACAUCCAGUCUCUCUUCAGCCUCAUCACUGGAACCAAACUGGACAGUUCGGGGGUGGCCUUUGCUGUUGUAGCCGCUUGCCAAGUCCUGGGUCUGAAGGAUGUGCACCUGGCUUUGUCUGAGGACCACGCCUGGGUCAUAUUUGGCAAGAAUGGUGAAGAAACGGCUGAGGUCACAUGGCACGGGAAGGGUAACGAGGACAGGAGAGGACAGACGGUCACAAUGGGGGUCAGCGAGAAGAGCUGGCUCUACCUAAAGGGCUCCUACAUGAAAUGUGACAGAAACAUGGAGGUGGCCUUCAUGGUUUGUGCCAUCAACCCUUCACUGGACCUGCACACUGACAGCUCUGAGCUCCUGCAGCUACAACAGAAGUUGCUGUGGUUGCUGUAUGAACGAGGCAACCUGGACAGGUAUCCAAUGGCCAUGGGGACUCUGGCAGACCUGGAGGACCAGGAACCAAUCCCUGGCAAGGAGAGCCCACUGGAAAUCCACCUCAAGGCUGUGAAUUCUGCCCAGAAACAUUACAACAACGAGCACAUCUACCCUUACAUGUACCUGGCUGGCUUCCACUACAGACACCGGAAUGUACGGGAUGCGCUGAAGGCGUGGGCAGAUGCGGCACAGGUUAUGCAAGAUUACAACUACUUCCGCGAGGAUGAGGAGAUCUACAAGGAAUUCUUUGACAUUGCAAACGACGUUAUUCCCACUCUACUGAAGGAAACGGCUGCCGCCGCUGAGAUUCCAGCGGAGGGCGGCGACGCAGGAGAAGCUUGUGAUAAAGAUCAGCCUAAGCAGGCAGCCGCCCUGUCGGCCUUGCAGGACCCAGAAUGCUUCGCCCACCUGCUGUGCUUCUACGACGGCAUCUGCAAAUGGGAGGAGGGUAGUCCCACGCCGGUACUGCAUGUGGGCUGGGCCACCUAUUUGGUACAGUCGCUCAGCCGCUUUGAUGCGCAGGUGCGUCAGAAAGUGUCCAUCAUCACCAAAGAGCCAGACUGUCAAGAUGACGAUGAUGCCUCCAGUGAGGAUCACUGGGAGGGCCGGAGACGAGGGUCCCGUCGGGAGUCCAAACUAGAAGAGCAGAACUCUCCGCUCCCCGCUGCCCCCACCUCCCCAGCCUCCCAGACGACGACGACGACUGCGGCGGCGCCGCCUCAGCCCAAGAAAGUCGGAGACGGUGUGGCCCGUCGCCGCUCCCUCCAGGGCCAGCGGGGCACCGAGGGGGGGCCCGACGCCAAGCCCAAGUCACCCAGCCCCAAUGCGGCGCCUUCCCCUCAGCAACAGCAGACAGCAUCACCCUGCCCGGGCGCCCCCGUGGUCAUCUUCCAGAGCGAAAAGAUGAAAGGCAUGAAGGGGCUCCUGUGCGCCGCUAAGGUGAACUCCAGCGCCAUCAAGCUGCAGCUCACCGCUCAAUCUCAGGUCCAGAUGAAGAGGCAGAAGAGCACGCCACCCGGGGACUACUCCAUGUCCUUCAUGAAGAGACAACGCAAGGCUCUUUAGGCUCGUCUCCAUCCAUAGUUCCACCUCCUGGAAUCUCGUGACAACAGCACGCAAACAAACCUGAGUGUUUUUAGAGCGCUUCCUCCUUUAGUUUGUUGUUCUGGUGAACAAGCCCACUCAACUGUCAUAUCAUUUUCUCAUCGCAUCAUGAGGACGCCGUCUGUGACCGCAAGCUUAGGACACGUCUUCAAUUUAGGAUAGUUACUGUGUAACAUUGUCCACUCCCGCGCUAAGGAUAGCUUCUUUCUUGCUAGCUCAUUGUUGCCUUAUGUCGCUUUUGUUUUUUUGUUUUUUUUGUUGUUUGUUAGUUUGGAGGAUUUAGAGUAGAGAAAGACCCAGAAAGACCACACACUGUCCACACGGCCACGUUAGGUGGUCCCGCUACUUUGUUUGUAUCUACAAGUAAUAAAGACCUCAUCAAACUA